CAGUUGUCAGACCGCAGAAUGAUGCAUCACCUUCACCACCAAAAUAGUCAUACAAAUGCCCACUUCUCGGCUUUCGAGGCGCUCCAUCUCUCCCGUGUCCAUGCCGGAUACCCGUCACAAGCCCACUCUCACGUAGGCCAAGUGGGUGCCAACGCGUCUACAAAUACAGGGUGUCCAACCAACACGCCGGUAAAAGAGCUCUAGAUAGUGGCUUUUUUAAUGACGCUGCAGGGCCAGGUGAUGCAUGCAAUAACAAUAGAAACAGCUCAGCCCCUCGGGUCUGGCCGAUUCAGAGUAGUGGCGUAGGAGGAGUCGCACUUUGUAUAUGGGUGUACAGGGAGCGAAUGUGUGGUGACUGAAGGCACGCUAUUAUGAAACUCGAGGCUGUGCAGUCCGAGCUCCCCACCACCAACCACGGAAUCAUCAUCUCUGGACGCCUAUAAAUGACCCUCAUCCCCGUCUUUAUCAUCGCCUCCAUCAAGCAAACCCCAUCUUAACCACAAACUCCAUCUCCCUUCCUCGAUCUACGAACCUAAGCAACAAAAUGUCAAGCAACGACUACUACGGAGGCGGCGGCGGCGGCUACAACCAGCAACAGAACUACGGCGGCCCUCCCCAAGGACAAGGCGGCUACCCUCCUCAACAGCAACAAUACCCUCCCCAGCAACAAUACCCUCCCCAGCAACAAUACCCUCCCCAGCAACAAGGAGGCUACCCCCCUCAACACCAAGACCAAUACGGCCAACAGCAGCAACAAGGCUACAACCAGCACGGCGGCGCACCCCAAGGCUACCCUCCUCAGGGCCAGUACCCGCCCCAGCACGAAGGCGGCUACGACAACCGGGGCCACAGCCCAAACCCCCAACAACAGCAGGAUUACCAACAACAGGGUGGCUACCCGCCUCAAGGACACCAGCAGCCGGGCCAGUACGGCGCUCCUGGUGGACAAGCUUACCCAGGCGGCGGACAAGAGGGUGACAGAGGACUGGGAGCUACGCUGAUUGGUAGCGCCGGAGGUGGAUUCUUGGGACACAAGAUGGGCGGAGGCAUGCUCGGAACGGUGCUCGGUGGUGUUGCGGGAGCUGUCGGAGCGAAUGUCCUGGAGGGCAAGCACAAGAAGCAUAAGAAGGAGAAGAAGCACAAGAAGAGGAGUGGCUCGAGAAGCAGCUCGAGCUCGGACUCCGACUAAAUGUUGGGGGUGUUCCGAGAUACUCCCAAGGGAUGGGAUCUUUGUAGUUAUGGGUAUGAGGGGUGGAUUUCUGUUGGCGCACUAAGGUGGUUGAGUGCUACGACCCGUUAUGCUCGGCCUAGCACUUUUGAUGUUUUUUAUGAAUGGGCUUAUUUCUAACUGGCUGUAUCUAUUCGUUGAGUGCGAGCGGAGAUUUCUAAUGCGGGUCAAUAGAGAUAGUUUGGAGCGAAAGCUACUCCUGCCUCAGCUUUCUUUUGAACAACGAAGAAGAACUAACUAUUGGGGUUGUCCAUAGCUCCAUUUAUUAAAUUACCCGCAAGUUCCUGUCAAUCCAUGCAUUUAUUCUGAGUGAACCACCUGCCUCGGUGCUAGAUAUCAACAUAUCAGCGCUAUAAAAUUACGAUCAAUGUACGUUUCCUGCAUGGUAAGAAAAUGCCAAUGUUUUAUCCCACGGAUGACGUGCAAAGCCCCUCGCAAACACAUGGCCCUUGGCGUGGGUUUAUCUUGCAGAUGAGAGUCUUAACUAUUCGUAGUUCCGACACGCAUAGGCUAUAUAGGGCAGCGGGGCAUGGCUGCAUCCUCGCACCAUGAUUUGCGGUAAUUAUUC